AUGGAAGGAACGGAAAAGCCUAUGAUAAUGGAGAUUGGUGACAUUGAUAAAUAUUGCCCGAGACAUGUCUCACCAAAUGAUUCACACUACAGGACGGCUCCUUUCAGUCACAGCUGCUUGACAGAGAUUUUCGAUGAGUUGAAACGAUCCCUUCGCCGGUACAGCCAAUUGGAGGCGGUCACCUACACAACGAUCUACAUCAUCAUCUCGAUCCUAGCCGUUAUCGGUAAUGGAUUGGUAAUCUACGUGAUUUGCCGAAAGAAAUCGAUGCGAACGAAUCGAAAUGUACUCAUCUUGAACUUGGCAUUGUCGAAUUUGGUUCUAGCUGUGACAAAUAUUCCCUUCCUAUGGCUUCCAUCAAUCGAAUUCGAGUUCCCAUAUUCAAGCAUAUUCUGUAAAUUGGCAAAUGUUCUGCCGGGAAUGAAUGUCUAUUGCUCGACACUCACCAUUUCAGUGAUGGCCAUUGACAGGUACUACUCAGUGAAGCGUCUCUCACUGAUGUCUUCAUCUCGUCGUCAUCUAAUUCGUGCUGCUUGGCUAUCGAUUCUCAUCUGGAUUGUCUCAUUCAUUCUCUCACUUCCCCUGCUCGUCUCUUAUGAUACGACGAUGCUUUUUGUGUUCAAGGAUCUAAAUGUGUUCGAAGUGUUACAAGACUCGAAUGUGACGAUGAGAUCGUACGGAUGGAAACAGUGUCAAAUCACAUCGGGGUCAAGGAAUGAUCUACAGUUAGUGAUGUCAGUGAUGCAAGCCGCUUUUCUCUACGUGAUCCCAUUGAUCGUUCUCUCGAUUUUCAACGUGAAGUUGACGCGUUUCUUGAAGCACAACGCGAAUCAGAUGAGCAAGAAUCGACUUAAUCGAUCGAGGGAUCUUCUCACUCCAACAGACAGGAGUGUCAGUGAGCGAACACCCGAGUGCUUAUCCCCGAUUCCAUGUAAGCAGAAUCGCUCUCGGCCUGGCACAGCGGAAAUGGCAAGCAAAAAGAGGCGAUCAAGAACGACGGGUCUUCUCGUUGCAAUGGCUGGCAGUUAUGCCAUUCUCUGGCUUCCAUUCACCGUCGUCACAAUGCUACUCGAUUUGGGUAUUCUAAGCGGUUCAUCGGACGAGCAAACAACUCUAAUUGAACACGUUGAUCAAUCGUGCAAAGUGCUGUCGAUGCUCUCUGUUUGUGUGAAUCCGUUUCUCUACGGCUUCCUCAACACAAACUUCCGCCAAGAAUUCAUCGAGAUCUACUAUCAAUGGAUUCGUUGUACCCCGAAAAAGCCGAAUCGAUUCAGUUACACGAGUGGGGUGGCAAUGGAAUAUUCUUCAGUCGGAUACCCGAAUAGAAAUCCGACGACCACCUCUCGCCCCCAUUCCCGGAUCGAGAGCAUGACUUCACCCUUUUAUCCAUACGUGCCUCCCUCUUUUCCGAUUCUCAACACAUGG